CAAUAAUGUUGAGUCUUUUGAUCGAAGAUACAGUAAGGACUGAGUAAAACUAAGGAUUUUCAGCAAAAUUCUAUUUUAUUCGAAAAAUCUUAUCACAUCUAUCACAAUAUUAUCACAAUGUUAUUACACAUAUAUGAAAUAAUCUUAUUACAAUAUAAUGAAUAAUUGUUUAAAAAGGUAUUAUGUAAUUUUAAACGUGUCAGAACGAUGACAAGUUGCUCAUACUUCGCAUGUACUGACUGGAAGACAAAAUCAAUUAUUUUCUUUCGUUCUUCUAUUAAAUUUCUUACUACGGACAUUGAUUCUCCUGACCUUUGCCGUUGUCUCGGCUUUACGAUUUGUAAAUAUAUUGUACUUUGACGAUGAAUACGCUUUACAGCGUAGUAAGCAAUGCAUAUGUUUUUUUUUUAUCUAUGACUAACACAUUCUGUUAUUGAAGAGAGCUGUUGGGCUAUAAAUAUGAGAAGGAAACUUGUGACAAACUCGUAACAAAAGUAAUAAAUAUGUCAAUUAUUUUCUAUUUCGUUCUUUAAUUUAUUCCUAUUUGGAAUGUUAAGUAACUUGAGGAUAAAUUUUCUGAGAAAUUGCAGUUAAUGCCAAUGUUGGUCAUUACUAUCAGCAUGAUAGCAUUGCUAAAAAAAGAGAACAUCAAACUAAUCGAGAUCAAUGCACCCUCAUCGCGAUUAAAUACAUUUCACGUAAUUGCUUUACCAUUCACGGACAGCACGCGACUGGAAUUCAAAAAGCAAUCCUGUGUGAACUCCUUAUACUGACACGCGUAUGAAACAAAAAUAAUCCGAUAUCUCUAAUUGCAAAAGAAUCUGUAAAUUAAUUGAAGCAAUUUUCGGAAUGUGUAUAUUUAUAUUUCUAAUAAUUAUAUUUCUAUUGCAUUAAUUAAUAAACUCACGGAAUUCCAUAAAUCAAUACUUAAGAGGCUGUAAUUUAUCUCUUUUAAAAAGUGAUUGCUCGCACGUUCAGGCAUUUAUUCUUGAGCAAAUCUGUACAGGAUGGCUUUUGAGCGUGUAUCGAUGCAUACAAUGCAUCCAGGGACCACUUACUGCACGACAACGCAUCCCACGCGAUGCAUUUGCGCUCUCGUGACAGGUGUAUGUACGUGGUCGCGGGUAGUGCGCAACAAGUAGCAAUGCCUACCGCGUUUUCGUUGCAGCUUUCCUAGAUAUGUAGAUGCGAGAUGCAUUUCCGUGCGGGUACCGCGAGGGAGAUAGGGAGAGAGAAAUCGCAAAACCGGCUGCGACAGUUUAGUCCUCGCGAGAUCGAAACGAGAGGAAUAAGAAGAAACCGAAAGUAUUAAAAGAUUGGCGUACUGUUACGCGUCCGGUGGUACAGUGUGUGCAAUAAAUGUAGACUAUAAGAGAAUAAUUUGAGAGAAAUCAAUUAUUUAGAUAGUAAUUAAUAAGUCAUAGUAAGUAUAGUAAGAGUAAUCACAAUAGAAAGAUCACUUUCUUUAAAUAUAUUAAUUUUUUUAAUAUAUAUUGUUGGAACAUAAAUUGCCGAUCACUUUUGCUGCAUACUGCAUAUUUGCUCUUGUAUUUAAUUAAUUGCAAACACAUACACGCACACACACUUUGUGGUAUCAAUUGGUAAUUUAUUUUUAACAACUAAUCAUGACAUACACAAUAGAAUAAAAUUGUUAUUAGAAAAUAUAGAAAUCGAGUUUCCUGCCAUCCGACAGUCUUGAAUAAGGAAUAAAUGUUAUUAUGUUAAAUUGUAGCGGAAAAUCGAUACUUUAUGUGGGUGAAUCACGCGAGAGAAGUUGCAGGAAUAACAUUGACCGCAGGCUCAAUAGAGACUCACAAUCGGAUUACUUCCUGCGACAUUGCUAUCCUUCUCUCGCUCCCGGACAGUUAUUUAAAUUAUUCAGAUAUUCGCCUCCAGGCGAUUUACGAUAAAAAAAAGCGAAUGCUUGAUGAUCUAUUGACGUCACGCGUGCUGCACCGCUCGCGACCGACGAGAUCAUCGCCACUGGUGCAUCGGAGGGUUCUAGAUCAUGUAUAUUUAUGUAGAAGCAAAACAUUUAAAAUAUUAUAUUUUACAAACUACUGACAUGUGUUGACAAAUUAAUGUAUUGAGUCUUUUAAUAAUAUGAAUUUAAUUCUCAAUAUUGACGAAAAAGUGAAUAAAAAUAUUUUAAGAAACUUAAGAAAGCGCGAUGCAACAACAAAAUACGUUGCAGAAAUUUCGUCACGAAAUAUUGUUAGCUAACAAAUGCUUUGUCAGCAGAGUUUGUUGGGUUAUAUCACGUUACAUGACAUUACUGAAUAUGAGAGAAAAGUCUUGUGUAAUUGUAAAAUAUGCACACAUAAGCAGAAUUUAAUAUCUGAAUCUACAAAAGUUUAAUUAUUUUACGUGUAUGUAACGUGUAUUUUAUUUCAUGUCACCUUAAUGUUAAUAUAAUGUUAAACUGACACUGUAAUUUCAUUUUGAUCUUUCGAAUUUCUUGGGUAUCAGAUUCCGUCAUACAUCACUGAUCCCACACACUACGCAGGUAUACGUUCACGCACGCUCACAUACACGCGACCUCUCCCUGAUACCAACGCAUAGCUCCGGAGUCAGGUAAACGGCACCACACAGACACGCGGGACCCAAGAAUUCCGCGUGUGUAUACAGAGAGAAGAAACGUGGCGCAUCAUUACACAGAGACGCAUACAGUCAAGCAUCACAUGAUCGUACACAUGCACGAGGGAAGGAACGCCGCUACACUUCACAAUGGGGAACCGUGCUUGUAUAAUGUGCGUGCGCGCGAGUGGAAAACGUGAUGUGGCGCUACACGCGCUUACACACACACACAGGUGGAUGUCAAAGAACACGCCGCUCCAGUUGCGUAGAUCACACACACACACACACACAUGCCAAGUCCUCAUAUGUACAUCCGCAGAAUAGAAGGAAGGGAAGACCGCGCGCCAGCGCACGCACACAUUCAAGCACAACCAGGUAGAACGCAAAGAGCAGGCCACACCAGUUUACACACACGAGGCACACGCGUAUCAGGAGGCACUUCGCCUGUACGCGUACGAGGAAAAGAACACGGCAUCCACACGGACAGGUGGAAAAAAACGACGUGUGCGUGCGUGUGCACAGGUAAGACCGACGAGCGGCUCAGCGCGACACUCGUCUGGGUCUCAGUGAGGUGGUGUUCACCGCCGUGUGUGCAACUCUUCGUGGUUUCGCCGACCACCGUCUCCUCCUUCUCCUCGUCCACCUCCUCUUGCUGUUGCUGCUGCCGCUGCUGCACCGCGGGUAGACCAGGUAGACGCGCGAGGGCGGAUACCGGGACCGGAGCUGAAGAACGGGCCCCGGAUCGCUCUCUCGUAGCCUUGACGGGCGCCAGCCAGCCUGGACAGCAACCCGGCCUGGCCUGGCCUGGCCUGGCGAACGCACGUGUGUUAAUCGCGAAGUGAAGUGAGGAAGACUCUCUUGCCGCCUCUGCCUCUGUCUUCCUCUCAGCCACCUCGGGCUUCGGUGAAGUGUGCCGAAAAGGGAUUCCUCCUGAUCGCGGGAGGAUCAGGAUCGUGAGAAGGAUUCCACCGGUUUCGAAAAAGGAGGAGUGGCACGAUGCGCGAUCGGUGAUCCGGUGAUCGGUGCGCGGUAACGCGAGUGCCGACGAUGUCGACGACAGACGUGGUCCGCAUCGUGCAACAAGGAGCCACCACUGAUGAGAACCAGCAGGGGAGGCUGAAGGCUGAUCUACAGUACCUGAGAAGAAGGGGUCUGUUCAAGGCAUCCGGCGGCGGCAGCGGCGGCGGCAGCGAACUAUCGCAUCAAGGACGCAAGUGCGCGCGAUGCGGCGCGACGUUCGGUAGAUUUUACAAUACCGGUGCGACCUGCACGCGUUGCAGACACCGGGUGUGCCGGCAGUGUCGCAUUGAGAUCAAGAGUCACGCGGGAGGCGACAAAGAAGUGGAGUGGAUCUGCAACGUCUGCUACAAGAUCGCGGAAUUACAUGUCAUUACCGACAAAUGGAUGUGCGAAACUCCAGAUUCCGGAUCUGUAAACGAGAAAACAUCACCGUCUCCGGUAGAUAUAUUAAAUCGCAGCAUCCGACGAGCUUGGACGAUUAAUGGUCCUCCGACACGUUGGUCAGCUGCGAGAAAGUCCCCGGAAUUGCGGAUAUAUCGCAGUUUGCCAUCUCGCCAUCAGGAUUAUCGGGAACCGGUAGAAGACGACGUAGCAUUGUCGAAGCCCGAAGACUCGCACGAGGGCAGUGUGGACACGAAGAACUGCAUCGAGAACAGUGGAGACAACAAGGAUGCAAAUAAAACGAUCGAGAAAAGCACAUCGAGCAACGAACGAACGAAACGAGAGAAAUCAAUAAGUAAAUCAGAAGAAGAAGUGCCAUCAUCGGAUUUCGUGAGAAUCAGCAAGCGAGUGGAACGAGCGUUGGGUAAGGAGCAGGAGGACUCUGCAUCGGAACAAAGCACGCCGAGGGUCUCGUUGAUAAAACCGCCGAGGAUCCUCGCGAAGUUCAUAUCGCCCGAGACCAAAGCGAGUCCGACGAAGCAUGGAGAGAGAAAAUCGAAUAUUCCCAUCUUCAAGAGGAGCUCCAAGGAGUUCGAGGACAUCAGAAGCCCGCAGGAAUCACCCAAACGAUCGCUCAUUCCUCAAAGGUAUAGGGGAAGCACCGACGACCUGCGUCGCAGUCGUGAGGACAUAAGCGUGCCGAGCUUGAUCCCAAAACUGUUAUCCUCCCGUGGCAAGGAGGAACGAUUAAAGCGACAGGACAGCAAGGACGACAUCCGUCAUUCACUAAAAACCGCGCGAAAAGAUCCCAAGGAGGAGAGCUCCAAGUCUUCAUUGCUUAUCGCCUCGUCAACGUCUGCCAGCAAGGACGAAAUCAGCAAGUCGGGAAUAAAGAUCUUUCGGCGCGACAAUAGUCGCGAGGACGUGGGCAGAGACGGCUCAAACUCGAUCAAGGAGUCCGCGAAAGGAAAGCAGCAGGAGAGACAAGAGAAAACAGAGAGCGUGGGCGGUGCAACGAAAUUGCGGAUCGCCGGCGAACAGAACAGAGCGAAGUGCGAAGACGACGAAGUACAAGACGAUACCAACGACGCUGAAGAUCUGUCGCUAUCCAGGAGCGUGGAGGAGGACGCCUCGGUCGAGCAGGACGACGCGAUAUUGGAGUCACGACAGGAGGACGAGAAGGUGGAUGCGGAGAACCGACAAGACGCGAGGAUGCUCGACGUGAUCGUCGCGGAGAACCGAAUGCAGGACGAGCGGAUGCAGGAGCAGCGCACGAUGGUCGUAGGCGAGGAGAUGAUAGACGCGAAGUAUUUACUGGCGAGCCGGGAACCAGUCGAGUCCGUCGUGGAGAACGACAAGGAACGGGAUGACAACGACAAGGAGGAGACGAGGGACAUCGCUGAGCGGCUGUUGGACAUCAGCAGCGACGGUGACGUCACUGGUACUGUCGGCGAAAGAAAGGGCCCACUGGAGAUCGGUUAUGGGAAGAAGCCAGACGAGUUCCAAGUGAUACGGCGAAAAUUUUCCAAAGAAGAAUUCUCGAAUCCAGACGACACUGAUGAUACCCCGAACAAACGCUGCUCGAGUCAUCUGUCACCGGAAGCCAGUCCAUUGAGCACAAGAUCAUCAAGAUAUAGUCCCCGAGAGAGCGAGAGCGAACCCACUCCAGCAUUACCACGUAAAAUUGGAGGAGACUCCUGCUCCGCCUCCCAGAGGAUACGCGACGCUAUAACGAGAACCAGGAGAGAAUCCAAUAGCAGCACCAGAUACGAGAGCAGCGGCAGCGAGAGUGUCAGAUUGAGCGAGACUGGCUUACAUGGAUACGUGGAGCUGGCUAGGAAGGUAAAGUUCCUUGGAGGUAACGGAAGCGGCGCGAUUUCGUCCGCAAUCGGCGGCGACGAAGUAGUGCAACGCGACAGUGCGACCAGCGCAGGCGAGGAUGAAGCUAAUGAGGAUGGUCAUGACAGAACAGGGCCCAUUCCUUCCCAAGGAAGGGCUAUGCUGCGACGGAGAAGGCAGUUCGAUGCUCAAGGUUCACGACGGCGCGGGAGAUCACACGCGAGGUCCUGUUGCGGAGGCGAGGACCUGCAAAGCCUGCAGACGCUGAAUCUGAUCGGACGCGGGGGUGGUGGCGGCCGGCAGCGCAGCCCUAAUUCUGCGGGCGGCUGCCAGGGUCAGGAUCAACCUGCGUCCGUGGUGGACUACAGGCGACUGGUCUUCAUCAGCUCCGACUCGUCAUCGGGCCGCGAGGAGGACGACGCCGACAGCAGUUGCUCGAGCUCGUCCUACCUGAACGGAUUGCCGCGCAACGGCGGCCAUCAUCAUCACCAUCACGCACAGUCGCUUGAAGACUGCGAUUGGGAUUACUUCGAGAGCGGUUCACUACCGUUGCCGUCGACGCCGAUCGCUGCUGCAAACGUCAUCGGCACAGCGGAUGCCAUCGGCGUCAACGUCGGCCAGGACGUUUGGAGUUGCUGUCCAGGACGCGGCUCCGCCGCUUGCCAGGCUUGCGGCGGGUCCCGAAGCGCGAACGUACUUCCGGUGCCGGUGCCUAUACCGGUCCCGGUUCCAUACCCGGUGCCGGUACCGGCUGCCUUGUGGACUGGUGACUUCGCGGCGGCCGCGUCAUCCAUGAUAAGCCGCGGCGAUGGCCACGCUGAGCCAGGAACCUUGAGGUUGCGAGGGGACCCGGCGGCGCCCUGGUUCGCCUGGCACCCUCGCUUCAACCAGCCUCUACAUGGCGCACGCUUGGAUCCACGGCUCGCCGGCACCUUCGAUCCGACCACCUGCACUUUCCGUCCGCCGGAGCAGGUCAUGACCCCGAGACUGUACGGCCCGAUAACGGAGUCGGCAACGAACCUGGAGUCUCCUCAGGUGGGUCAAGAUGUGAGAGACGAUGCGACUGUUGUAUUGAAGACUGAAGAACUCAAGAAGGAGGAGAACUCGCCGACGAAAGAUAUCGGCGAGCUUGCAUCCGCUGCGGCGAAAAGUAAAGCGAGAAAACUGGAGGAUACGAAGACGAUCGAAACCAGGUGCGAGAAGGAUGAUGAAGAGGCGGAGCGAGUAGAAGUGAAUGAAGAGGUCACCUGCGAGGAUUCCUUAUCGUCUUUCGAAAGGAGCGCGCAGGGGAUGUACCAGCGCGCGCGAGAGAACUCGGGCAGCUCGUCCGGAAGAUCGUCGGCGGACAGCAGUGAUCUGGAGGAGGACUCCAGCUCGCACCGAUUCUCCAGGGUGUUUGUGGUGAACGAUGACUCGCUCACUAGCGACAACGACAUCGAAGACAACGAAGAGGAUGAUUCGGAUUCUGCGGCGGAAGGGGGUGUGACGCUAAAGCGCGUUACCGCGAUUUCUGAAGAGGAGCCGGUGGUCCUGCAGCAUGUGAGGCUGCUGAACGAGGAUGCUCUCGUAGAGAACCGCGCGGAACUGGUAGAACCUAAGGGCCGCUGCAACACUCACAUCGUUGAUGGUAAUCAUCUGGAAGACGGUGAUAAAUCAUUGAGCGAACAUGUCAACAAUUCGAACGACAAACGUAAAAGCCGCAGAAAAGAUAACGGCGAUAAACGAUUUCCUCUUCUGCUGCAACGUCGAUCGAUCCCUGAAGAGAUAUAUUUAGCGGAUGACAAUGAUUCUUCCGAUAACCGAGUCGAACUUAAGUCCAUCAGAACGCUCGAUCCCGACAAUAUCGAUCUACCUGUGGCUACCUUGAAGUUGGAUGAAAAAUCUAUUUUGCAAAUAGAGACUCAUCCUGUAGAAGAAGCGAUCAAUACGUCAGGGAAAAUUUUGCAAGACAAAUUAAUUGAGCCAAAGUCACUCUCGAGCGACACUUGGGACUCCAACAUCGUUCCAGAUUCCCUCGAAAUUUCUUCCGAAGUUUCAGUCCUCGAAAACAACGCCGAUGAUCAAGUGAACGAGCAGGUCGCCCCGUUGAUCGUAACGAACGAUUGUGAAAAGCAGAUAGAUAAGAAGUCGCAUUUAUCGGAGACUGAUCGCUCGAACAACGACGUCAUCGUCGAUUCGUCGACUGAUAGUUCUACGAGCAACGAAAGCAACACCACGGGCAGUGAAGUGAGCAGCGAUGAGCUUCACGAAUACGAAGUGACUCCAGUGGAAUUAUCCUUCGAUUACAGCAACGAGGUCAUCGCGAUCAACGGCAAAUUGCCAUACCAAAUCGGCAGAAAGAAAACGAAAGAUACCUCGAGCGACAUUAAAGAAAACGGUUAUCAUCUUCACGGUUGCGAUAAUCAAAGCAAUCCGACGAUGACGAAGAGUGGCGCCAAACGGAGCGUUCAGUCCGAGAGACCGAUCAGCGGGCAGUCUUCGGAUAAUUCGAUGAUGAUAGAAUCAUUGAUCGGCGCGAGGGAUGACGAUGACGGCGGCGAUGACGGCGGUGACAAUGAUGAGGAUGAUGAUGAAGGCUAUCGGUCCGUUACAUGUCGUCGCGGCGGCCAAGAUGGCGGGGCGAAAGACAACGACCUGACGGCAGGCGAGGAGCGGGUAGAAACCGACGUGGGCGACGCUUCGAUAUCCAGCAAAAUACAGGAGAUGUUGAGAAGCGCGGAGGAGCAAGACGGCACCGGCUGCAAAGUGGACAGUGCGCAUGACGGCCCGGUGAGAGGCGAGAUUGCCGGUCAGGUGGGAGGAAAUGGCGAUAGCAGUUGUGGUGGUGGUGGUGGUGAGAGCAUCGAGAAGGGGAGCGCGACACGGUUUCGCUCAGUCGAGCGACGCCCGUGUACUCGGCAGGAGAAUGGAUUCCCAGCUGACGGCCAAGCGUCGGCCAAGGAUUCAGCCCAGCCUAACAGCAAUAACAACAAUACCAGUGGUAGUGGUAACAACAAGUAUAGAAGUCUCGUGAUGAUCACCCAGGAGGCUGCGUACCAGCCGGUGAGCGUCGUCACGUCGGACACCACGACGCUGCUGCAACCGGAUGAAAUCCACUCGACCGGAAGUCAGGGAGGCCUGGCUGGUUACUUCCAGCUGGCGCUGGAAGCAGCGAGCGAGCCGCAACUUCAUCGCAAGAAUGCACCACGCAAGCCGCUGAUGGUGAAGAGACCAUCAGCCACCGUCCCCGCCGCUGCGACGAGUCAUCAGUCGGUCGAACUCGAGGCGGAUAGUGGUUUGAGUGUCGGUAGUGCCAGUGAAAGCGACGACGUGUCCGUGAAGAACGUGCCGAAGCCGCUCAAUUGUCGGCAGGAGAACGCGGAUGACGUGUCCAAAGAUCGUACAGUGUCGGAGAGUUAUCGCGAGACUACGCGUCCACGUGCCUCAUCACAGUCCAGCGAUGACAAUUCGGGUGCCGGCGGUGUUACUAUACUUGAGGAAGGCUUGGCCGAUGAUGAUUCCUGGGUGGAAGAAGUCUCCCAUGAUGAGGACGAGCCAGGAGCAACCACCGCCACGGAGGAGAGCUCCGAGGACGAAGCCAACAACUUUGGCGAUCGCGAGGAGGAGCUUAGGGGUUAUCGUAGGCAGGCGAUUGACUUUACUUUGCACACCAUCGUCGAAGAAUCCUGCGAGGAGAGCGAAACAGAACCUAGCUUGGCUACGGGAAGUCCCUCGAAGAAGCCGAGGCCACCUUCCGCUUCCGAAUUGGAAAAAUAUUUCUUCUUUGGAUUGGGAGGCGAUGGGAACAACUCCAGCAUGGGCUCGCGCGAGGUCGACAGCCUGUCGGAGACCUCGUCAAUUUACUCUGAAGGGCUGGAAUCGCUCGGACAGGACGAGGCAAAUGGCAACGGUCAGAAUCAAGACAGAUCGAACACAAGCGAUGGCUUUCUGAACUCUUCCAAACUGGAAAAGUAUUAUCUGUCAGAAUUUCUCGGCUUCGAUCAGGAUAGAAGAGAUUCGGACGGUUCGGUAGGCAGUGAUUCUGAAGGUAGACCCAGCCCAGAAGCGCAAAGGAGAAAGAAAUUGGUGCGUGCAAGAGGUACAGGCAGAUCGCACAGUUCUUCCUUGGAUAAUCUCUUGGCCCUUACACAGAGCUCACAGAACUUAAGCUCACAGAAUUCUCUUCAAGACCUGAGUCUUAAUCAAGAUGCCCAGGAGACGCAAUCGGAAGGUUCCUCCACGGAAACUGAUGGUACCGAGGAUGGCCAGACCGCUGCAUUCGGCACGGACGGUCAGUUCGACACGGUGAAGCGCAAGAAGAAGAAACCGCGUAAUCUGGGCACUCAAAGUCCCCGUGUACCAGACGAUCGGAACAAAACGCCGGAACCCAGCAGGGAAAUAAUGUUGAUGAACGAGAUUGUGGUAGAAAACGAGAACGAGGCCAUAAACUCCGAGGACUCGGACAGGGCGAAGACCCCGCAACCAGAAUCUGUAUUAUCUUCGUCUUCAUCACCGUCCACGCUCACCAAUAGCAGUGGCACACUGAAUACAGCCUCAUCCUCACAUAUAGACUCUUCAAGAAACUUGGUUUCAGUGAAUUCUAACGACGGCCAACGAUCGAAGCAGCAAUCACGAGACUCGGGUUUCGUCGGCAGCUGCGAUGAUCUUCUUCAACAUCAGAAGCUACCCGACGACGGUCAAGCCAAUAAUGCGGAAGUUGAUCAAGAAGCCGGCAAGGAUCGCUCGUUCAACAAGAUCACGGAGCAUUCUCAGAACGCAACUAUGAGCGUUGCUGGAGAAGGAACGACCAACACUGAGAAGAACAACUUGACGAAGCAUCCGGUAAACCACACGAGCUUGCCGCAUCUGGCGAACGCUUCGCUCUCGCGGAAGGACAGCUUCAACAACUGGUCCAGCGACGAGGAGACGAAUCUCAUGAUGUCGAAGAUGCGGCAGUUCUUCAAGACGAUGGUAGCGAAUACGAAUGGCCAAGGUCCAGGACAGGGCCAGAAUGCUACUAGCACGAAUUCGAGCGGCGCCUCACCAGCACCAAGUCCACGACUACCGGGGUAUACAUCGAAGGCACGGCUCUGUGCUCAGAAUCGUACGAAACCUCCGCAGCUGGUGUACUUCGAGAACGAACUAACGCGGCUGAUGAAGACGGUGCCGGGGAUUCGCGACGAGCAGGUGCGAGAGAUAGUCGAGUAUCUCAGCUCAGAGGAUACGUGGUCGGAUUCUUACGACAGCUCAGACUACACUAGCUCCGACCUUGAAGGCGCUGCCGGUGGCCGCAGGUCGGCUCUGCAGGAGCAGAUCUCGCAGAGCUGCCAGCAGAUCAUCAGCAAGUUCGAUACCACCGCCGGUAGCGACGUGACUCUAUCAGAUAAGGAAAGAGAUCAGACCAAGGGGUCAGUUGCGGGCUCCGCGAUGCAAACCGCGCCUUGUCUGGGCAGGGACACCGCUUUCGUCUAUCAGAAGCUGGUGCAGAGUUUCACGAAGAUGGCGGGCGACGGUGUCAGCUCGGACGCCAACUCCACACCGCACAGCAGCCCGCCGCUGAUCGCCAAGGUGAUGCAUCACAUCGGCAGUCGACUGGUAGCACUGAUGCACGAGGUCUCGGAGGGCGGUCCGGCCGCGCAGCAUCAUUCCACUACUUGGCGACGGUAUUCGCAGCAUCAUCGCACCCCGUCUUCGGCGUCUACCACCGAGGACGAUGACUCCACGUCCGAUUCUACCAACGCGCCUUCAUCCGCACAUCUGCAGUUGCCUAGAUCAAAGUCGCACGAUCCGCUGCUGCUGAUCAACAAUCAUCCGGCAGCCUCCACUGGUCAGGAAGGCGAGGAACGAGAGGCCAGCGACUACGAGAGGUUUUCCUGGCGCGGUAGCUUCGAGUCCGCGCUGAUGGCCGCCGAUUCGAGGACGAAGCUGAGCUUGUUGGCGUGUUCCGGUGACGUGAGUGCUGGUGGCAGUGCUAGUGCGAGUGCGAGUGCUUUGGCCGCGAAACGGCGUAGCGCGGGUGAUCUUCUGUUCAAUCCGAAGAGCUUCUCCAGGGAACAGCUGGACCGAGUGAGGAGUUGCGGUUCGAUUGGCGGCGGAAGUGGAGGCGGGACCGGUGGUGGCGGCAAUGGUAGCGGGGGUAGCGGCGGCGGUGGCGGCUCCGUUGAGGAAAGGAUCUGGAGCAACCGGAGGAGAUCUUCCGUUCCCGAUGCCAAUACCAAGGGAGAGUCAGGUGCCUCGGCUGGCGACGAGGAUACGGAAGACGAGCUGGAAUACGGCGGAGAAUCUCGUGCGACGACUCUGCCACGGGGUAUGCAGUCCGCUAUUAGCGCGGCCACGAAUUCUCUGCCGCGAUUACCGGCGAACGUUCCGGCCGGGCUGACGACGACAACGUCACCGUCGUCGGCGACGUCGUCCUCGCCGAUGCACAAGGCCCACAGCGUCUAUCACUUCCUGCCGCAGCACAGCGGCGUCAAGUCCGCGCGGUACCGGCCACCCGGAUUCGCCAGGAACAGCAACGUCGUCUCCGGCACGAUUGGCAGCGGACCCAAGCGCGCCGUGAGUGCUCCAGGUCUUCAAGUUUCCGGCUCGCAGGCACCCUCUGGCAAACGCGAGAAUUCCAGAUCGAGGAGGCAGCAGGCGAUAUCGCUCACGUCGGAUGAUGGGAGCAGUUUAUCAGAGGCAUGCAGCACGCCAAUUAUCGGAGCAGGAUCACGAGCAGGCUCUAGUCACACAGUCAUGGAUAUGGACGAUAUGGAUCCGGGCCAUCUCGCUACUCGCUCAUCUCUGUCGAGUCUUGGGGCACGUUCAGACUCGAUGGCAUCGGUAUACAGCGGCGCGGGCGAAGGACGUUGCUGUCGAUCCGUGGUCGUCACAGGUGAAGUGGAGUUUGCUCUACAGUACGACUACAAGAAUUUGACGUUCGAAGUACAUGUUACGAAAUGCAAGAACCUCGCGCCCGUAGACGUAAAGCGUAAACGAUCAGACCCAUACGUCAAGGUAUAUCUGCUGCCGGACAAGUCGAAGAGCGGGAAGAGAAAGACGAAGGUGAAAAAGCACACGCUGAACCCGGAGUUCAACGAGACAUUGAAGUUCCAUAUGAGUCUGAACGGCCUGGAGACAAGAACUCUGUGGUUGACGGUCUGGCACUCGGACAUGUUCGGCCGCAACGACUUCCUCGGCGAGGUACGAAUGCCCCUGGAGAACAAGAUAUUCGACGAUCCGACGCCACACUGGUAUCCUCUUCAGGAGAGAACGGAGCCGUUUGACGAUCCGGUUGCGUACAAAGGCGAGGUGAUCGUUGGACUGAAGUUCGUGCCACCAGAUCCCGCGCAACAAGAACGUGAUCGGGAGAACAGUGUGGAACGUAGUGGAUCUAAGACGAAGAAGAACUGGAGUCGCGGCGCGCUCCAUGUGCUCGUUAAAGAGGCCAGGAACUUGCAGACACGCAGCAAGAACUCGGGCACCUGCGAUCCCUUCUGCAAAAGUUAUUUGCUUCCCGAUAAAGGCCGAUCUGGCAAGCAAAAGACCAGCGUUGUACGUAGAUCUGAUGGUUCGCCUAUUUGGGGUCACACUUUUAUCUACAAGGAUGUCAGUUUGCAAGAGUUGGCGGAACGCGGAUUGGAGCUGACAGUCUGGGACCAUGAUCGAAUCGCCAGCAACGAAUUCCUCGGUGGCGUGCGGUUUAAUCUUGGCACUGGAAAGCACUAUGGAAAACCGGUAGACUGGAUGGACGCAACCGGUCGCGAACUAUCCCUAUGGCAGAACAUGCUGGAAAGGCCGAACUUCUGGGUUGAAGGCGCGGUAACGUUGAGGCCGAAUCUGCACAAUCACGGGAAGAACAACGGCUCUUAAGAGCUGCGCGGCAAGCAGCAUCCUCCUCGCUACGUGUCUGAGAAGACGUUCCGGAAGCGCCGAUUUAGUCCAAAUGUCAAUUGUAUAUAGUUCCAGAAGCGUCGCGCUUAUGACGGACGUCCCGAGUAUUCGCGAGCGGAAAUCAGUGCCUUCGGCAGCAACGUAGAGACUCGUCCGAUCUUCCUGAACGGGCACAGACGAAACUACCCUGUGCGAACUUCCAGUACAUCGCAAGGAUUGCUGAUGAAGUUCCUUUUAGUCUCAGAACUGUCGCAUUAACGGCUUCCAGCGGCUUCGUAUUCUGUAUAAUAAUUGUACGCACUCGAUUCUCAAUUUCUGUAUAAAUUGUGCUCUUUGAAGUUUCUAUUUAUAAGAGUUUUGUGUAACUUUUAAUGAACACAACGUUGCGCACGAUGCUUGUUCCCCUGAUUUCUUUUUAAGAGGCUACGCCUUUCCAUUUUUUGUCUCUGCCACAUUGGCUGCUCCAAAAAGGAAUUAUAUUGAUUAUAUACUAAUCAAUGAGCAGUUUAAUGAAAGUUGAAAUUCAUAUCUUCAAGAAUCGUAUUUUUUUUCACUUACUGAUGAUAAAAAUUUAGAAUUAAAAGAAAUAGGGUGUGCCGUAAUAUUCGCAAAAAUAAAUAAAUUUAAUUUCUCUUAAUAACAUGAGGUUACAUAUGUGCACGUGUAAAUGAAAAGAGUAUUAUGUUAAUAUUAUAUGUGAUUUUCAGACAUAAACAUAGGACAGUUUAUUUAUUAAAAAAUAAUUUACAAAUUUAGAUUUUUUUUCGUUUCUAUAAAUAUAUUCCUUAUUAUAGUUUUUGUUAUAAAAAUUCAUAAAAACGAAAUUAAACAUAAUGUGCCAAACACUGUUCAAGAGAAGAAAGCAAAUUCGUCUAACGAUUAAUCCCUUUGCGAUAUUUUUCAAGAUUACAUUAUUAUUAAAUAUUUAUCAUCUCGAUAUAAUUAUGAUUGUGAAAAAUUUAUUUUAUUUUUAUUUAUGGGCUAGUAUUUAUGUGCAUAUUCUAUACAUAUAUUUUUAAACUAGAGCCAGACGUACAGCGAAAUAUAUUUUAUUUUUCUCUUUCGAAGCUGCUUCUUGCUUUUUGCUAUUGUUCUUUAUACAUAUCUUACACUUUGCGAUUAUUACGGAAGCUCUCAUGCAAGCUGUGCAGGCAACAAAAAUUCGUGCAAUAUUGUAAUACAUCGACGACAUUCAUAACGAAAUAUUGUUAGAUCUUUAAAGCAGCCAAAACUGGAUAAGCAAAAUGCAUCCGUCCAAACAACUGACGAUUAUCAGUGCAUUCAUAUACAUGAGUAUAUGUAUUACUUAUUCGCUAUUUGCGAAUAACAAGUUAGAAAUAGCAAAGUUCUUGCCAAGUUCCAAACGUUGAAAAAAAUACACGAGGUACUUUGGAAUUUUAAUAUCCUUCCUCAGGGAAAAACAAAUUCGAAAAUUAAUCUGUUGGCAUAAAAAUAUUCUUUAUACUUUACAAAAUUGCGAUAUAUAAUAAACCAACAGCCAACACAAAAUAUUGUAAGUACUAGAACAGAUAAAUCUAUAUCCUCCUAUUUCUUCAUUGAGUAUAUUUAAGAAAUUGUAAAAAGCAAAUGAACAAAGAAGUUGUAUUUUUAAAUUUUAAGACUUCUUAGUUUUAAUAUUAGAGUAACAUCGUACAGAAGAUCGCGUUCUUUCUCUGACAAGCAUUUUUUGCUGAACACAAUUUUAAAUAAUAAAAUAAAAUUUUGCGCAGCAAAGUAACCAUCUUAUACCACAAAAAGAACUCGAAUCUUCAUUAUAUUAUAAAUAUGCUUUUUCCUUUCAUUUUGCUCUUCUUUCUUCGUAACAUAAAGUACUAAUAACUCAAUCUCAGCGUUUGGAACGUUGGAAGGAUGUUGUGAACACUUUCCUUUCUUGGAGAGAAAGAUGCUUCCAGUGUGUACAA